CUCUCGGUUUCCUCUGAGUGUUUUCCAAAUCAUCUAAUUAGAAUCCAGGGUAUUAUAUAACACCGCUUCUCUUGCUUUACCCUAGUUUCUUUCCCUCUGCCGUUUUUUUCGACUCUUUAGUCUCUACCACUUCAUCUUCCACCGCCCAUCAAGGAAACUGGACAGCUAUCUUGAACGACAACUACAACAGCAGCAGAGUGCAAAGAUUGGGGCCGACUUCAACAGAGCUAUGGUGAGUUCGAUUGCGAUUGGUCGAAUGGGGAAGGAAGAGGAUGAGAGGACUCCUCCCUGGUUGAAACCAAUGCUUCGGGCAAAGUAUUUCAACUCGUGUUCGAUUCAUUGUGAUUCCAACAAGAGUGAAUGCAACCAUUUCUGUUUGGAUUGUAGAGGCCCUGCUUUGUGCCCUUCCUGUUUGAUUCAUCACCAAGGUCAUCAUUAUGUUCAGAUAAGAAGGUCGUCCUACCAUAAUGUGGUGAGAGUGAGUGAGAUUCAGAGGUACAUAGACAUUUCGUGCGUGCAGACGUACAUCAUUAACAGUGCAAAGAUUGUGUUUCUGAAUGAGAGACCCCAGCCGAGGCCUGGAAAGGGGGUUACCUACACUUGUGAGAUUUGCUGCAGAAGCCUGGUCGAUGCCUUUAGGUUCUGCUCAUUGGGUUGCAAGCUCGGAGGUAUGGAGCGUGGUGACCAUGACCUUUCAUUUACAGUGAGGUUUCCAAAAGCGACUCAGAUGAAUCAAAUGUAUAACCAUAUAAGGGGGUCAGAAUCAGAUGAAUCAACAACCCCAAAGAAGAUUGCAAAGACAACUCAAAUGUUCAACCGUUUGAUGAUGGGGGAAGGCAAUGCUACUUCCUCUGAUGAUGAGGCCACUGCCAAUAAUCUCUCUCCCUCCACUCCUCCCCUCUACAAUGAUCGCAAUGCUGGAAGACGCAGACGUAAGGGUAUACCUCAUCGUGCACCCUUCUUUUGAGGUUCUCAUUCCAGUAAAUCAAACCACAGAAGAAUCAUAAACUUUUUAAUAUAGUUAUAGAUCAAGUAGUGGAAGAUGAAGUAUAUAUCUUAUAAUAUUUCAGAGUUUGGGAGUGAUGUAUAGAAGUCAUGGACUCACAGUUGUGUGAAUACUAGGGGAAAGAUCAAAGGCAGCACGUCUCUAUGGUUCUUUAAUCAAUUACUGUUUGUACAUUAGUUAUAAACUAGGGGAUACAUGAUAAAUAUGCUGGCUAAGCUAGUGUGAUCUUGUACAAAAUAUGACAUAUACAUGGUUUUUUUUCUUUGUA